GAAGAGUGGGCGGUGCCAAUAGUCGAGCUGUUUACUCGCCAUUUUGUGUGAGGAACGUUGACGGUACCUACCACUGGUCUGGCCUCUACCGACUGCCGCCCUGGCCGCUACCAACAUGAGCCUCCUGGAGAGUCCUCACAGGCCUGCUACUCUCGACCAUGCCCCGGAAGACCCGCACCAGGGCCAGAGGUCCCGAGAGAAGAGCAAGGCGACACAGGUAAUGGCAGAUGUGUUUGAGGGCCGCUUGGAGCCAGUCGUGCUCCCACCGCCCCGGCUUCCAGAGGAGGGGGUCGCGCCCCAGAAUCCCGCAGAUAGUGGCCAUACUUUCCACAUCUUGGUCGAUGGGAGUCGCAGUCAUGGAGCCAUCAAAGCGGGACAGGAAGUGACUCUACCACCCGCGGAGGGCCUAAAAGCAGCCUCUGUCUCGCUGACAACUGACGGCAGCCUCAAAAAUGGCUCUCCGGGUGAAGAGACAGGCGGCCUAGAUGGGGAGAAGGCUGUAGAAACCUGUGGUGCAGGGAGGUCGGAGUCUGAAGUGAUUGCAGAGGAGAAGGCCGAGGACGUGAAGCCUGAGGAGUGUGCCAUGCUCUCAGCCCCACUGGAUGAGAAGCCAGGAGGCGAGGAAAUGGACAUGGCGGAAGGAAACAGAGCAAUAGAUGAGGUAAACAGGGAUGCAGGGCCUGGGCCCCUGAACAUGGGUCUCCACCUGAAUCCCCUGGAGUCCAUCCAGCUGGAACUGGACUCCGUGAAUGCCGAGGCUGACAGGGCCCUCCUGCAGGUGGAGCGCAGGUUUGGGCAGAUGCAUGAAUACUACCUGGAGCAGAGGAAUGACAUCAUUCGCAAUAUCCCGGGCUUCUGGGUCACUGCUUUCCGCCACCACCCACAGCUGUCUGCCAUGAUUAGAGGCCAAGAUGCCGAGAUGUUAAGCUACUUAACCAAUUUGGAAGUGAAGGAGCUCAGAUACCCUAGGACAGGCUGCAAGUUUAAGUUCUUCUUUGGAAGAAACCCUUACUUCAGAAACAAGCUGAUCGUCAAGGUGUAUGAGGUCAGAUCCUUCGGCCAAGUGGUGUCUUUUUCCACUCUAAUCAUGUGGCGCCAGGGCCAUGGACCCCAGUCCUUCAUUCAUAGGAACCGACAUGUCAUCUGCAGCUUCUUCACCUGGUUUUCAGACCACAGCCUUCCAGAGUCGGACAGGAUUGCUCAGGUUAUUAAAGAGGACCUCUGGCCAAAUCCACUGCAGUACUACCUGUUGGAUGAAGACGCCCAUAGAGCUAGACGUCGCCCGAUGAGGGAGCCAGUGGAGAUCCCCAGGCCCUUUGGGUUCCAGUCUGGUUAACCUUUGCCUUUGGAACUACUCCUGCAGAAGGUCCCCUGCCACCACGAGCUGGACCUGUGCUUGGGCAACAGCAUUAGGUA